UCAUCCCCAAUAUGGCGGGGUUAUCUGCUCCUCUAACUGACCGACUAAAGAAUCACGACUGUUUUUGGUGGGGAGAGAAGCAGCAAGCUGCAUUCGACCAACUCAAAAUCGCCCUCACGUCGCCGCCUGUACUUCGCAUCUCCGAUCCCGACCAUCCAUACGAAGUCAUCACCGACGCCAGCGACAUCGCCAUUGGUGCAGUUCUCCUCCAGGACUUCGGCGACAGGUUACAACCAGUCGCCUACGAAUCACGGAAGCUGCAGGGCGCGGAAAAAAACUAUACAGUCCACGACAAGGAAAUAAUGGCGAUCAUCCACGCGUUCAAGACAUGGCGGUGCUACCUGACCGGAGCUGAUGUCACGGUGCAGACAGACCACAAAUCCUUACAGUACCUGCGCGCCCAACCGAAUCUCAACCCACGACAGAUCCGAUGGCUCGAUUUCCUCGAGUCCAGCUUCCACUACACCAUCACCUACAAACGGGGUGCCAAUAAUAUCGCCGAUGCCUUGACCCGCCCUACUGUCCAUACCGCCGCGAUACUAAUCGCCCAGACCAACCCAUUACUUACGGGACUAUUCACCCACGGCUACCAGAUAGAUCCCUUUUUCCGCUCGGCCAUCCAUCAACAGCAUACCACAGCCACCGGGCCAUAUUUUUAUAAGCGUGGUACUUCUCGCAUUUGGGUGCCAGGCUACGAAUUACUUCGUACCCUCCUAAUCCAGGAAUCCCACGACAACCCUACCUCAGGACAUUUCGGCGUCGAUAAAACCACGAAGAUGUUGCAGCGGAAUUACUACUGGCCGAACAUGGCCGAUGAUGUGCGCAAGUACGUGUCCUCCUGCACUGCCUGCCAGAUCAUGAAAUCGUCGCAUCAGCGAGCAGCCGGACUACUACAUCCGUUGGAUCCGCCCGAGCGACCCUGGCAACAAGUCACGAUGGACUACGUAAUAGGACUACCGGCCGGUCCCAGCGGAAACGACGCCAUCCUCGUGGUCGUUGACCGACUCACGAAAAUGGCGCACUUCAUCGCCUGCCAACAGACAAUCACAGCCGAACAGACCGCGCAACUGUUCCUCACGAAUGUCAUCCGACUGCACGGACUGCCCUCCGCCAUCAUUUCCGACCGAGACCCGAAAUUCACAUCGAAUUUCUGGCGCCACCUGUGGGACCAAUUCGGCACCAAACUCCAAUUUUCAUCCGCCUACCACCCACAGGCCGACGGGCAGACCGAACGCGUCAACCAGACCAUGGAGCAAUUGAUUCGUACUACUUGUACUGACCCAUCGACAUGGGAGAAAUCCCUUCCGCAGUUGGAAUUCGCGUAUAAUAACGCGACCUCCGCCACAACCAACCAAUCUCCAUUUUUCCUCAACUACGGACAGGACCCAGUCGUACCCUCUACCCUGACAAUCGAAAAGGUACCAGAAUCAUAUCAUAUUCUUGACACGCGACAACGAACUAGAACCCUCUCGCGGCAACUAGACUCCUCCUAACUUGGGAAAUUCCCGCUGCAACGUCGGCAACACCAGCCGCCAUGGCACUGGGAUUCUCUCUCUCGCUUAUUCAGCAUCGCCGCCGUACUAUCCUGACUACUAAGGAUGGUUAUGAUCGGAGCACCUGCCUUCUCCUCAUCUCCCUCGUCCUGCUCUCGUCCCUCCACGCCGCCUUCGCAUUUCGCUUCCCCGCGGGACUCCGCGUGGAAAAUCUGCGCGGAAUGAUGGGUGGAAAUGCGCGAGGCGGACGAUCGAACGGCCAGCAGCAGGGCAGCGGAAUGGGCGGAAGCGCGAUGGGUGGCGGGGGAAUGGGUGGCGGCGGAAUGGGAGGCAGCGGAAUGGGAGGCGGUGGAAUGGG